UACUUUCCGAAUACACUGUAUACUGGCACUAGGCCAGCGUGUUAAUGUUGAACCCUGGCGGGUUAGGGUUAUAGACUGUAGGUGAGUUACUGAACCUGAGAGAUGAGACAAAUUUAGAGCCUGUUGCUUGGCAACGCUUUCCCCACAGAGUACUGUGACCGAACCUACGGUACAUACCCCAGCAUUAGAGAUACCACCCCUAACCUAAUAAAAGGUGGUGGUGUUUCUUUUUCUGGCUGGUGUUUCAGGUAGGGUGAACUGGACACAGAGGAAUCUAGUGAAUAACUUUGCACUCUCUCUCUGUCAAUGGUAUGAGAUGUUAGAAUAAAGCCUGUAUGUUUAUGUAGCAGGGGCCGUUUAUUAAAUUAAGUGAGUGGCGUCUAUGUAUACACAUUUUUCAUUAGCCAUUAAAAUUUUCUUUAACUUUGACUAAGUCAUUCCAGUUUCACAUGAAAUUGGUGGCAGUGUCGGGAUUUGAUUAUAAUAUAAUACAUUUUUUGAUUGAUUGGAACUGUAUCUUAUGUGUUUUUCUAUUAAUUCUCUUCCCUCUUUCAGGUCUCUCCGCCCCUCAGAUGGAGAACCAUACAUACAAUGAGCAUGUUCUCCUUCUAGAGGGGUUAAACGUCACCCACCAGUCCUCCUACCCUGCCUUCUUCCUCCUCCUUGUUAUCUACAUCUUCACAAUGGUGGCCAAUAUCGGCCUCACAGUGCUAAUCUGCAUGGAAAGGAGCCUGCACCAGCCCAUGUACAUCCUCCUUUGCAACAUGUCUUUCAAUGAUGCUCUCAGUAUCACCACCUUCAUACCUCGAGUGCUGAGUGAUAUUUUCAAAGCAAGUGCAGAAAGAUAUAUUACCUAUGUUGAGUGUGCCAUACAAGCAUUCUGCGGUCACAUGUUUGCUACGACCGGACAUACAAUACUAAUGAUCAUGGCUUUUGACAGGUAUAUGGCCAUCUGCAACCCUUUGCGAUAUGCCUCCAUCAUGAACAACAAAAUGCUGGUAAAACUGUGUGUGUUUGCCUGGGGUGUGGCAUUUCUCUUUGUGGCGGUCCUUAUAGGUCUCUCUGUCCGCUUAUCACGCUGCCGGUCAAAAGUUUUCAACCCUUUCUGCGACAACGCUUCGUUGUUCAUGCUCUCCUGUGAGAGUGUGUUUAUAAAUGACAUAUACGGACUCUUUUUCACUGCGCUCUUUUUAAUCGCCUCCAUUGUGAGUGUGUCUCUGACAUACAUUAGGAUCACCAUGGUGUGUGUGAGGAGUAAGAGCAAGUCGUUGAACAGCAAAGCCCUGAACACUUGCUUCACACACCUGGCUGUAUACCUCAUUAUGCUGAUGACAGGUUUCAUCAUUGUCUUUCUUCAUCGGUACCCACAGUGGUCAAAUCACAGGAAAGUGGCAUCCAUUAUAUUUUCUCUGGUUGCUCCUUGUCUUAACCCAAUUAUCUAUGGGCUUCAGUCCAAAGAGAUUUACAAAGUGGUAAAGAAUAUGUUCCAGUCCAAGAUUAUGUCUCUUCGAUUGUAAUAUACUUUUUAAUGUGUAAAAGUGAAUAAAAAGUGUUUGUCCCUAUUGAAAUGCCCCACUAGUAAUGCUGUCUUUGUAAACUCGGGUCAAUGUUAAUAAGGAUCACCUUUUUUUCAAUUUUUGCCUAAAAUGACAUACCCAAAUCUAACUGCCUGUAGCUCAGGACCUGAAGCAAGGAUAUGCAUAUUCCUGAUACCAUUUGAAAGGAAACACUUUGAAGUUUGUGGAAAUGUGAAAUCAAUGUAGGAGAAUAUAUCACAUUAGAUCUGGUAAAAGAAAAUACAAACAAAAAAACAUGAAUUAGUUGAAUACAUUUUUUGUUAUAUCAUUUUUGAAAUGCAAGAGAAAGGCCAUAAUAAAAACAUUCAGUUUAGACGCAAUUUAGAUUUUGGCCACUAGAUGUCAGCAGUGUAUGUGCAAAGUUUCAGACCGAUCCAGUGAAGCGUUGCAAUACAUCAGAAAAUGUUGUAUCAAGUCUGCGCAAAUGUGUCGAAUUGGUCAAUUGAUACAUUUCCAAGUACAUAACUAUAGCGAACAUACAACAAUGAUAUGGUAAUAAAACAUUUUCCGUUUACACACUCCCAGGAAGGUUCUACAUGAUGGAAAAUUAGCUUCCUACAGAAAAGACACUAAUCUUCACACGGUGUGGGGCCAGAAACAGCAGGGGUGUUACAUCUGCUCCUGCCACGCCCUCUACUUCUCAUCCUGGACCCCCUAACCUGCCACCACUCCCCCAGUGCGCGCUCUCUCUCUCUCUCUCUCUCUCUCUAUGUGAUUGUGUGAGUGGAAACAGGUGUGCUGGAAGCAGAGCAGAUUCCCACCAGCUGCAACCUGUUCCAUAAUCAAGAACCCUACAAACUCAGCCCUGCCACGUCCACGCUGCCAGAUCGUAGCCUCUACUCAGUCAUUCUGCAUUUCUAGCUGUUUGUUCCUGCAUAGAUUUUGUUAUUCUGUUGUGCCUGUUUUCCCUAGACUCACGUACAGUCCCGUCUACUCUGACUCUGGUACCUGUCUCCAGUCCCUCGUCUCCUCAGUCCUGCUUUUCUGCCCUGGAUCCCCGCUACUGGAAUUAGGGUCUCUCUACUGCUUCAUUGGAUUCCGCUCCAGACCUGCUUACCCGGUUCCUAAUCUCCUUGCCCUCAGCCUCAGUCCGGAUUCCCUACUACCUGCCCUAGAUUCUCCUGGACUGCACCCCAUCUCCUCUCCCGCUUUUCAAUAAAUACAUUGGU